AUUGUGAGUUGUAUUUGUAAUGCUAUAAAGGAAAGGGCAAUGUCCCCAAAUUGGAGGUUUGAUGGCAUGGCAUAUUAUCGCGAGGAGUGGAAGCGUUUGAUCCAAAUGUAAUGUUGAUGGAUCCCUUUUGAGGUAGGGUAGUUGAGUUUAUUAGUUUGUAGGCAUUAGUAAUUAUUCGAGAAGGCCUGCAAUCCACGAUUGAGUGAAUGAAUCUUUCAAUUUCACUAAAACGGACAUUUACAUACAAGAGAAGGCGCGCCGCUCCCCUCCCCGCCCCGCCCGCGGCCCUUCGCGGAGGAAAUGAAAGAGCAAAAAUCGGUUGCGCUUCCUGCCAUUGCAUUUCCAGCGCACCGCUUGCUUCUUUGCCUCCACUCUCUCUCUUAUCUGUGAUCCAUUGCAAAGGACCGGACGCAACUGCGAUAUCAAAACACACACUCUCUCUCUCUCUGGUUUUAUUUAAAUAACCAAUCAAAAUAAUAUCAAUCUGUUUUGGGCACUGAGACUCUCCCAAUCCCUUCUCUCUCUGUCAUCAUCAUUUGUUUGUCCUCAAUAAAAAAAAAAAAAAGAAGCGCGGCUAUAGCGGCAGAUAUGAUUCGAGAGCGCAUUCCAUCCAUAUUCUUUGAAGAUCCCUAAACUUUCAGAUGUGGCGGCAGUAUGAGGGGGGAUAUUAUUCUUAGAGAUGAUGGAGGGUGUCACAAGGAUCAAGGAGGAGCAAUGGAUGGCAGAUCUUCUUCCUCAUCAGUUGUUGUUGGGGGCCUCAAUUCGAAAUCAUCGUUGCCAUCGGUGCAGAUGUUUCCGAGGACUAAUAAUCGGGUGCAGGUUUGGUUCAUACGCGUCUGUUCCACAAUCCUUCUGUGGACGUGCUUCAUUCAAUUGGUGGCGGUGGGAGAACUCUGGCACCCUAGCAGCAACAAUUUGAGGGACAACAGCAGCAGCAGCAAGAGGGCAUCAUCGUCUUGGCCAUCUUGCUUUCUCUUCAACAACUUCCUCGGCCUCUCCUCCCGCCUUUCAAAGUUCUCUCAUUUCUCUACACUCUCAGAGGUUUCUACCCCAGCACCUCCCCCACUUCUUCCCUCGAGAAAUUAUAAAAGCAAUGGUUACCUCAGAAUAUCUUGCAAUGGGGGCCUGAAUCAAAUGCGUGCUGCAAUCUGUGACAUGGUUACUAUUGCGUGCUAUUUGAACCUGACAUUGGUGAUUCCAGAGCUUGACAGGACAUCUUUUUGGGCUGAUCCGAGUACAUUUGGUGAUAUUUUCAAUGUGAAUCACUUCAUUAAUUCAUUAAGAGAUCAAGUCCGGAUCAUAAAAAGGCUCCCAAAGAGGUUUAGCAGGAAGAGUGCAAGCUAUUCAUUGAAGAUGCCUCCAGUAAGCUGGUCUAGCGAGAAAUAUUACCUGCAACAGAUCGUACCUCUUUUUAGCAAAUAUAAAGUAAUUCAUUUUAACAAGACGGAUGCCCGUCUGGCCAACAAUGGGCUCCCUCUUGAGCUUCAAAAGCUACGCUGCAAGGUUAACUAUAAGGCACUGCGAUUUACUGAUCGAAUUGAGGCCUUAGGGGAUAAACUAGUUAAAAUCCUUGAGAAAAAGGGAUCUUUUUUGGCAUUGCACCUAAGAUAUGAGAUGGACAUGCUGGCAUUCUCUGGGUGUACCCAUGGCUGUUCAGAGGAAGAAGCCGAGGAGCUCAAGCGGAUGAGGUAUGCAUAUCCAUGGUGGAGAGAAAAAGAAAUAGUGUCUGAAAGGAAAAGAUCGGAGGGUUUGUGCCCCCUUACACCAGAGGAGACAACAUUGGUGCUGCAAGCCUUGGGCUUUGAGAAGGACACUCAGAUAUACAUUGCUUCUGGUGAGAUAUAUGGGAGUGAGCGUAGGCUUGCUGCAUUACGAAGUGCAUAUCCAAGAACUAUGAAGAAGGAGAUGCUGCUUGAUCCAGAAGAUUUGAAGCAAUUUCAGAACCAUUCCUCUCAAAUGGCAGCCCUGGAUUAUCUGGUCUCAAUUGCCAGCAAAGUUUUCAUCCCCACUUAUGAUGGGAAUAUGGCCAAAGUAGUUGAAGGGCACCGCAGCAGGUAUCUGGGGUUUGGAAAGACAAUAUUGCUGGACAGAAAGAAACUUGUAGAGCUACUUGAUCUCUACCAGAAUAAAACUCUAUCCUGGGAUGCGUUUGCAGGUGCGGUUCGAGAAGCCCAUAAGAAUCGGAUGGGGCAGCCAACUCACCGCAAAGUAACCCCAGAGAAGCCCAAGGAAGAAGACUAUUUCUAUGCCAAUCCUCAGGAAUGUCUCUGCCAGUCUACAAAAUGUGAUGUUCUUCUAGAUGAAACAGCAAUUAGUUUGUAGGGGAGAGGAUCCCAACGGAACUCUCCGAUCCAAAAGCACAAGGCCUGAUUGCAGCACUGACACAGUUCUUUGUAUCAUCAUUAACUGGGUUUUGCACUGUAAGUUAUGGGGAAAGGAGGGUUUGAGAUUCGCCUCUAUGUAUCUCUUCACCUUUUGUUUACCAGUUUGCUCAUUGUUUUGAUUUAUCAACAUGGCACAUGUUUCUUUA